GAAUGCAGGACGGGGAGCUGGAAGGUGGCUGGUGGUGAAGGAAGAGUCAAUCUGGGGAUCUCCAGAGAGCGUGGAGCGGUGCUUGUCCCGGAGUCCCUUUGAAGAGCUGAAGUCAGCACUCCCCUGGAUCUCAAAAGGUCUUGCCUGAGAUGGACAGCAGAAUUCCUUAUGAUGACUACCCUGUGGUUUUCCUGCCUGCCUAUGAGAAUCCCCCAGCAUGGAUUCCACCUCAUGAGAGAGUAUACCACCCAGACUACAACAAUGAAUUGACCCAGUUUCUGCCCCGAAUUGUCACAUUGAAGAAGCCUCCUGGAGCUCAGUUGGGAUUUAACAUCAGAGGAGGAAAGGCCUCCCAGCUAGGCAUCUUCAUUUCCAAGGUGAUUCCUGACUCAGAUGCACAUAGAGCAGGACUUCAAGAAGGAGACCAAGUUUUAGCUGUGAAUGAUGUGGAUUUCCAAGAUAUUGAACACAGCAAGGCUGUUGAGAUCCUGAAGACCGCCCGAGAAAUCAGCAUGCGUGUGCGCUUCUUUCCCUACAAUUAUCAUCGCCAAAAAGAGAGGACUGUGCACUAGAGUUGCAGCCUAUGGCCCUCCAUGUGGAAUCUGCCAGGACAAACUAGCUAGGCCCAAGGGAAGCCACUUGGGAAGUCUACUCUGAGCCAUUCCCUACCAUAGUGGGGUGGGGAGGAUAGAGAGAAAGUUGCCAGCUUUGUUACCCAAACUGUACUGUACUUUUAGUUCCCUAAUUUUCUAGGCAAGCUUUAUUCUCUGAAAGGAACAGGAUGAAAAUGUCUAAGUAUAAUCUAGCCUGUGGGGAACCUAGCUAGGAAUGGCAACUGACAUUUAUUGGUUACCAUGGGCUUAGUACUUAUACAUCUUUAUCAUUUUAAUUAUAGAAAUAAGUUAGAAAAUAUUUGGAACUUUCCAUCUGAUUGCCUGGCCAUUUCAUCUAUCCUUGUACUAUCAGAAUUGUCAUACAUGUUGGGUACUCCAAUAAGACACUUUUGUCCCUUCGUCCUCCUAUCAUCUCCCCCCAAAUGUAAAGUACAGUACUGAAUAAAUGUUGUUGUAACAUUUGAA